ACCUGCGGAAGAACUUUGAGGAGGAGCCGAUGGGCAGGGAGGUCUCCCUCGAGCAGGAGAUCAUGCUGGUGUGCCGCCCCCCGGAGGGUAUCCCGCCGGCCGAGGUGGAGUGGCUGCGUAACGAGGAGCUGGUGGACCCAGCGCUGGACGCCAGCGUGUACGUGACACCGGAGCACAGCCUGGUGGUGCCGCGGGCGCGCCUGGCCGACACGGCCAACUAUACCUGCGUGGCCAAGAACAUGGUGGCCCGUCGCCGCAGCUCCUCCGCCGCCGUGACCGUGUACGUGAACGGCGGCUGGUCGACUUGGACAGACUGGUCGGCCUGCAGCGCCAGCUGUGGACGGGGCUGGCAGAAGCGGAGCCGGAGCUGCACCAACCCAGCGCCCCUCAACGGGGGAACGUUCUGUGAGGGCCAGAACGUGCAGAAAAACGCCUGCACCACCCUGUGCCCAG